AUGUGCAACUUCGCUUACCUCAUUUGUGCUUGCCCACCCAUAUGGAUAAUCGAACUUCACCACAUGGAUCAGUUGAAUAAUUCCACAAUGGUUAGAGAACAACAACAACAGCUGAUUUUAAACAGAACCAAUCCAGUGACAACACUACCCCCAUGGCUCCCAGUUUUGGAGCAAAGGUUGCCGAAAAAUGAAAGCAUCACCAUAAUGGGAGAAGACAUUGAAAACUACAUCGCUGGUCUCCAGCUUCAAAAUCCUGAGCUGAUACACCGUCAGCGUCGCGUUCGAAGACACACUGAGGUGAGUACAGUUCUCUGA